CCGUCGUCGGUCAGUCAGUCAGUUGUCUUAUUUUUCUCGCCGUGAUCGCAAGCAAGUCGGUAACGUACGAACGGUGAAAUAAAAAGCAGUGAGCGUCGUCGUUUUGGAGGAAAAUAAUAAAAAAAAAACAGUGUCCCAUUUAGCCGCAGGAUAACUACUGUUUGUUUUGGAAGUCGACGAGUGUAAUCCGCUGGAAGGGAACUUCAAGCUGAAUUUGUGAAUUUUGUAGCGUUGUUUUGACUUUGGAGAAAAGUGUUCAAUUUGUGUGCGAGAAAUUUCAACUUUUGUAAGAAGAAAAUAUGAGACGUGAGUGCAAUACUGGUGAACUAACAGCAAAUCAAAACCAAAAAUUGCGACUUCAAAAAUACUUAGCCAUCUAUGAGAAAAACAGCUACUAAUAAACUGACUUUAAAUCGGAUUAAAGUGAUAUGCCUAAAGAUUGAAGUGUGCGAAGAUAAGCAGAAGCAGAGGCAAUAUUUUGUUGAAAUACAGUGUUUGAAUUGGUCUCAGUGUAGGUGGAAUUUGUCGAAUCAUCUGCAGUGUGUCAGCUAUUUGAUGAAUUUAGCCGGCUUCAGUUGGAAAAGAUACAGUACUACAGUUCAAAGCGACAUUGAGAAAUCUCGAACCCAAGGGUGAAAGUAGUGUAGCAUCGUAGACUGUUCUACUAGAUAGAGUGUGCUGCCUAGAAAACUAGUCGUUUCUCGGGUUUUUGCCAAAGGAUAUUGCGUAUCAAGAAUUUGUGAGCCGCCGUCGCCGCCACCGCGACUCGAGAUUGGCAAGUGCGAGCGCCACCGUCGUUGCUAGUCCGCGGUCGGAGAAGCAGCAGCAGCAGCAGCAGUGUGCUAGAAAAGAGCGUGUAGGAGAGAAAGAGAGCGAAAACUACUGCUCCGGCUCUAUUCCGUUUUAUGUGUCUACGGCGGAGGGUGGAACGCGCGCGCGGGGAAGGACGUGUGGAUCCGCGGAACGGAGACGUGAACCUCUAAAUAUUUUGGUGUGGAUACAGAAGCGCGUAUAGUGUUGUAGAGUUUUGUGUGACGUCCAAUACCAUCACCGACGGUGGUGGUGAAGCCUACACCAAAGGAAUAAGUUCCCAUGUCCGCGGUUGUUGGGAGCCAGUGAAAGUGAUGAAGCUCUGGAAAAAGUCGCCCUGUGCGGCCAGGAAAGUGUAAGUGAAAAUUGUAUUCUGAUUAAAUGGAGCAAGCAGCUACAAAAUGUAGCUUGGUGUAUAGUUCCUUUGGAGAUUGAGAGGAAAUCCGUUGCGAUUACUGGUGUUUGUGUAUGUGUACGUGUGAUGAAAAGCACCCGAAAUGAAGAAAAAAGUGGCUAGAAGUGAGGUGCUCUUUGCGAAGGGAAGUGGUGGCUGCCAGAGUGACAGCGAAGAAGAUUCAUCGCCGAGAACGAGACAGUGCAACCGAAGCAGUAGUAGUAGUAGUAGUAGUAGAAGUAGUAGUAACAACAACAACAACAGCGGAAGUGCAAAUGAAGAAAUAGUGCAACCGGAAAUGGUGGUAGAGUCCGCGGAAGCAUCAUUUCCCUCGGCAGGGUUGAACAACCUGCUCGAGCAGUUGACGACGAAGCACAAGCAAAAUUACAGGACAGAGUCUUGUCCAGAAGAGUUCGAUGAAGAAGAAUUGGUGGUAGGUCGACGGAAGUGGUGGGGGGCAAAGUGUCAUCAGCAACGGAAUUCUCGGAUAGCAGCAGCUGCUAGCGGAGCAGCAGCAGGAUCGGCGCUGAGGCCAGCCAAACUGGCCUGGCUCUUGAUGACCAGUGUGCUACUGUUUAGCGUACUGGUCGUACCGGUUGCCGUCGUGCAGGGGGACGAAAUCAGGCCAAAUCUUGAGAAGCAAACCAGUAAAGGGGGUGUGUGCGGCAGCGUGGACGUCCGGAAUUCGCCGGCCCAUCUGGACCGGCUCAAGGACUGCGUCGUGGUCGAGGGCUUCGUGCACAUCCUCCUCAUCGACAAGUACGUUGACUCGAGCUUCGAAAACUAUUCCUUCCCCCUGCUGACGGAGAUCACCGAGUAUCUGCUGCUGUUCCGGGUCAACGGGCUGAAAACGCUGCGCCGGCUCUUUCCGAACCUAGCCGUCAUCCGCGGGGAUGUCCUCGUCGGUGACUACGCCAUGGUGAUCUACGAGUUGAUGCACAUCGAGGAAAUCGGUCUGGUCUCGUUGGCCGACAUAACCCGCGGGGGCGUUCGGAUCGAGAAGAAUCCGAAGCUGUGCUUUGCCAACACCAUCGACUGGAAGUCGAUGACCGUGCCCGGAACGACCAACUAUGUCAAGGACAAUCAAAAGGACAACGUAUGCCCAAUCUGCCCAACGGAAACCUCGCUCAUCUUGCCGAACGGAACGCGGAACACGCAAAAGUGCCCCGUAGUAUUUGCCAAGGGUGGCAACAAGGACCACAAAAAGACCCUCUGCUGGAAUGCCAAUAACUGCCAGAACAUCUGCCCGGAGAACUGUCCGAGCAAAUCCUGUUCUACAACGGGGUCUUGCUGUAACGAAACUUGCCUUGGAGGAUGCAGCGGCCCGGACGGGUCCGACUGUGCCGUGUGUCGGCACUUGAGCAUUGACCCGGCGGGUGAGCGUCGAUGCGUGACCAAGUGCCCCGAAGGUAUGUACAAGUACCAUACUCGCUGCGUGUCGUACGAGGAAUGCUACAGCAUGAAGAAACCGAUAACCUUGGACUCGAAUGCGGACCUACCGGACACACCAUUCAUUCCGCACAACGGUACCUGCACGAUGGACUGCCCGUUGGGAUACGAACAAAUAAAGAACGAAACGAAGGUCGAUAAUAAGGCAGUAAUACGCAGAUGGUGCAAGAAGUGCGUUACCGGGAACUGUCCGAAGAAAUGCGAAGGGUCCAGCAUCGAUAACACCCAGAGUGCGCAGUUGUUGAAGGGAUGUGAGAUCAUUACCGGUUCGUUGGAGAUUCAGCUACGCAGUCGCGGAGGAGAAAACAUCGUGAAGGAGCUGGAGAACUUUCUCAGUAGUAUCACGGAGAUCCACGGUUAUCUGAAAAUAGUCCGGUCGUACCCUCUGCUGUCGUUGAGGUUCCUCAAGAAGCUCCGAAUCAUCCACGGCCAUGAGAAAGUUUCGAACUCUACUCUUUACGUGGUUGAGAAUCAGAAUCUACAAGAACUGUUUGACCACAACAACAUCACUAUCGGCGGGGAUAAGAUGUUCUUCUACAACAACCCAAUGCUGUGCACGGACAAGAUCAAGGCGCUGAAGACAACCAAUCCGCACAUCAUGAUUGAAAACGAAGACCAACUUGGAACGAACAACGGCGAUCGAGCGGCUUGUUCAAUAACGACCCUAAGUACAGAACUGAAACUGGUCUCCGUCGAUACGGCACUGAUUGCAUGGGAACCGUUCACAAUGCUGGCCGAUGCCCGGCAGCUACUCGGCUAUGUGUUCUACUACAUCGAGGCACCGGAUAGGAAUGUGACGGUCUUCGACGGGAGGGAUGCCUGCAAUACCGAGGGCUGGCGGUUGGACGACAUCAGCGACGAUAAGGAUACGCUGAAGUUCCUGACGCAGCUGAAACCGUUCACGCAGUACGCGUACUACGUCAAGACGUACACGCUGGCCUCGGAGGGCCUGGGCGGUGAGAGUGUUAUCAAGUAUUUCACCACGGCCCCAGGGACACCAUCCGUCGUGCGGGAAGUGGUGGCCCUCGUCGUCAAGGAUAUGCUGACCGUCAAAUGGCAGCCACCGCUCAAGAUGAACGGUCAGCUACGUGAGUAUGAAGUCUUCGUCGAACUGAACCCGGACGACAACGAGCAGCUGAAGACGCGAAACUAUUGCGAUGAUGCCGAAAAAGUCCGCGAGAUCAUCCCGGAAACGCCAACCAUUCCUCCCACACAAAAGUCAUCGAUGUGUACGGAGGCCCUGUGUCGAAACUAUUGCAAAUCCCCUUCCAGCGGCGAUACCUCCGGAAGCAUCGAUGCCACUGACAAAGAGAACCAGAUCACCUUCGAGGAUCAGCUGCACAAUUACAUCUAUAUCAAAAAUCCUACCGUCAUCAACGACAAACAGACCCGCCGGAAACGUAGCAGCAGUAUUCUAUUCCCGAUUAACACCGAGAGCAAGAAGAACGUUACCACCGAUCGGCGCACGGAGAAGGUCCCCGGGGAGCAUUACUACCGAUACAUGUUCAACGUCACGAACGAUAGCACCAUCUCCUUCCCGCUGAACUUCUUCAAUCAUUACUCGAUGUAUGUGGUUAAAAUCCGGGCCUGUCGCUACCCGGGUGUAGCGCCGGCCCCCAACGUUAAAUUGGUAGACGUUGAAGAUGCCUGCGGAAACGAGGUGAUUGCGAACGUCCGUACACCGAAGAAACCCGGUGCCGAUGACAUUCCGCCGGAUUCGAUCCUGGUGGAGGAGCAGUCGAACAACACGCAGCGGGUCAUCAAGGUGCAGUGGAGGGAACCGGCCAAACCGAAUGGUCCAAUCGUCAAAUUUUCGGUCAAGUAUCAACGGGUUGAUCUGGACUCGGUUUCAGCUACGGAGAAAUGCAUACCCUAUUCGGAGUUCAACAACAGUGGGUUUACUUUCCUCUCCAAGCUGGAACCGGGCAACUACAGUAUCCGGGUGAUGGCCACCACAAUUGCCGGAGAUGGGGCCUACUCGGCUGCUCGCUACGUGUAUCUCAAGAAGGACGACAGCGAGAGUUCGACUAUGAUUUUGUUGGUGUGUUUGGCCAUUGUGUUUGUGUUUUUCAUCGCGAGCUUGCUGUUUUACUUUUACAAGUAUCAUUACGCACCGAAGCAGAUUCGUAUGUACCCGGAUGUCAAUCCGGACUAUGCCGGAGUUAUAUACAAGGUUGACGAAUGGGAAGUCGAGCGGCACCAUAUUCUUCAACUGGAGGAACUCGGCCAAGGCUCUUUCGGUAUGGUCUACAAGGGAAUUCUGUCACAGCGGAAUGGCGAGAGUUGUAACCUACCGUGCGCUAUCAAAACGGUCAACGAAAGUGCCACAGCCAGGGAGAAGGACAGCUUCCUGAUGGAGGCCUCCGUGAUGAAACAAUUCCACACGCAUCACGUCGUUCGGUUGCUCGGUGUCGUCUCGCAGGGUGAUCCCACGUUGGUCAUCAUGGAACUUAUGGUGAACGGAGAUCUGAAGAGCUACCUCCGGCGGCACCGGCCGGACUACGAAAACGGCAAUGAACCGUCUCCGCAGCCACCGACACUGAAGGCAAUCAUUCAGAUGGCCAUCGAGAUUGCCGAUGGAAUGGCCUACCUGUCGGCGAAAAAGUUUGUUCAUCGGGAUCUGGCCGCCCGAAACUGUAUGGUUGCCGAAGAUAUGACGGUCAAGAUCGGAGACUUCGGUAUGACCAGGGAUAUCUACGAAACAGACUACUACCGAAAGGGUACCAAGGGCUUCCUUCCGGUACGAUGGAUGUCACCGGAGAGCUUGAAAGAUGGCGUCUUCAGCAGCAGUAGUGAUGUGUUCAGCUACGGUGUUGUCAUGUGGGAAAUGGCCACCCUUGCCUCGCAGCCAUACCAGGGCCUCACCAACGAUCAAGUGCUGCGGUACGUCAUCGAAGGUGGCGUCAUGGAGCGACCGGAAAACUGCCCGGACAGUCUGUACGAGCUAAUGCGCCGCUGUUGGCAGCAUCGACCGACGGCACGGCCCACCUUCAUCGAAAUCAUCAGCCUACUCCUGCCGGACGCGAGCCCCCGGUUCCUUGAGGUAUCCUUCUACAAUUCACAGGAUGCGCUGGAUAUGGCACCUGUGCUGCAUCAAAUAAUCAUGGACGAUGUUACCACGCCGCUGCAUCCGGGCGGUGACCACGACGAGGAGGACGAGGACGACGACCGGGACGGCGAGGAGGAGGCGAUGCACGUCGGUGACGUUGGCACCGAUGACGAGUUUUCGAUGGAGAUGACCAACAGUCACCUGGUGCGGAACAACGGCCCGAUGGCCACGAUCCGUUCGCCGCACUCGCCACUAAGUGAACAAUUUGGUAACCGAUUUAACUGUGAUCCAUUAGCCAUAUCAUAUCAUAGUAGAGAUAUUGAUGAUACCAUAGCCGAAGAAGAGGAACCACUGGAGGACGAGGAAGAGGAUGUUGAUAAUGAUGACAAGGUGGAGUACGUGACCGAGAACGGAAACGGUCUCGCAUCGCUCGCGGGAAGAUCAGCAGCGAAGGCAGAAACGGGAGGAGGGGGAGACCAGCUCGAGGCCAGUUCUCGGGAUAGUCGCAGUGCCAGCAGGAUUCGGGAGUUGGGCCCAAGCGGUACCAACGGUCGGGGUAAAUCGCGAAGUGUCAGUCCCGGCAACCAUGGUGUAGCACAAAACAGAAGGAGGAGAAGCGGUAGCAGUGAGGUAAUUGGUAGUAUGCAACGGCAUGACUACGUGAACAGUGGAGUCAUGUUCGAAGAUGGUACCCCCGGUGGUGGUAGCAGCAGUAGUGGUAGUGGUGUCAGAUUCGGCGGUUCUGCGCAGGCGAUUCUACCGCCACCGCAAAAGAAGCAAAAGUCCUACAAUAGACAACUGUUGAUCGAUUUAGACUCGGAUCCCUACGGGAAGGAGUUUGAUGCGAUCAGUACCGAUAGAAGCAGAAUUUCGGCAGCAGGUAGUAGAACCAACGGACGCGCCGUUUCCUCAAAGUGGCAGCAGCAACCGGACGGUAGAAAAGAGUCCGUUCCGCCUCGGUUGAGGAACGGAUUCGUCGACAAUGCUGUUGCAUGGUCCCCGCUAACGGGAUCAAUGGGUGACGAUUCAGGGAACAAGACGCCGUUCGCGAAGAAUCCAUAAAAAAAAAGUAUAACAAAUGUUAAACAGUUCCGGGUGUUCGCCGGUAGAUGGCGACACGCAAAAACAAGCAACAAACAGUUCCAACGAGCUCGACCGGCGGAAGGUGACGGCGAACUCAAAACUAUAAAAUGAUACAGGCUAGCCUUAGGCACACUCGCAUUGAUGCGCCAUAGACAGCAAAGAAAGUAAACACAAGAGUAUUCAAAAUGGGAAUGAAAAUCCUUUUUUUAACCAGUUUAAAUUUUAGAAAGCAUCCAACAUACUCACUCACAAGUCACAAACAAACACAUACUACAAUCACACACUCACACAAACACCUCCAAAAAAAACGAAACUGCACUAACACUUAGAUAGGUAACCCCUUUGUCGUCGUUUUGUUUUUGUUUUAAGAUUGGUUCAAUAUUUAGGAUUACCACGCAGCAAUACCGCACACACACACACAAACACAAACACAUACAUUCAACCAAAAGAGGCUAAAACAAACCAUGAAUAAUUGAAAAAAAAAUGUAAUAAAAACGAGCUCACUGAUUCUCCUUCUAACACAAGCCACCCGCCUUCUAUCCUGCUCUUUUCUUUCCGUUUACUCUCGCACAUACUCACACAGACACAUACAAAAAAACGCGAACCCCUCGGCUCCUAUUUAUCUAUUAUUAUUAUGAUUAUUAUUAUUAUCAUUAUUAUUAUUAUUACUACAACAAUUAUUAUUAUUAUUAACACAUUACUUCAGGUGUGCUUAGAAACAAACAAUAGGCAGGACGCUCCUUUUGACAUUCGAAAGAUUUCCAAUCCAGGCAGAUAAAUUACUAUUUAUUUACCCUAUUUCUUUUUCGUUUCUGAUAUCCGAUAGUGGUUGUAUUUAUUGAAAAGAUGCGCGUGGAAAACAUUCACCCUGCAACUGCACCGCAAAAAGUUGCGCAUGAAUAGUAGUAUAUGUAGGUACUAUCGAUCUAUUUUUUUUUUUCUUCUUCUUUCUGAUCGAAACAAAGCAAACACAGACUGACAGACAGCUAAAGCAAUAUAGAGAGGUAUCAUAUGUUUUAUUUAGUUUUUUUGCUCGUUCGAUUUUUGUUUGUUUGUUUUAAUUUACAUCCCACCAGCAACUGAGCAAAAGCAACAUACGAGAAACACGUUAGAGGAAAUGUAGAAAGAACAACAAUCAUUUAUUUAACAAAACAAACACAAACAGCAAGAAGACGGCACCAUUAUAAAUGUCUUCUAGUUUAUAGGUUAAGUUCGGAUGCGAAUAGAGCAGGUGUGUGUGUGUGACAGCAAGCGAGAGAGAGAGAUUAACAGAGUUGAUUUGGCGUUUACUAGGUUGUAGAAAAUAAGUUAAGAGAAAGAGAGAAAUCAAUUGUAGCUAGCGAAAAAUGUAUAAAUAUACCUACCAACCAACUGGCAACCAGAUUCAUAGGCAAAAGGAACAUUGGAACAAGCAUAGUAAACGAAAUGAGAGGUAAAGAAAUGAGAGUAAGUUUAAUAGAAGCAGACAAACAAAGACACACACAACACAGAGAUAUGACCAGUGGUGCGAUCUAACUGAAGUGGAUUGCGUUGCCUUUCAGGUAAGAGGGCGUAUCACGAAGACUGGGAACUCUUUUGAGGUUGGCAUCCGCGCUAUCCAACUCGUUCGCACCUGGCACCUUUGAGCGGUAGAUGAUGUUCAGACAUUUCCAAUCGAACCGUCAAAAUGCACCGUUUUACUCGAUUGGAACAACUUUUUUUCAACAUGUUACAAGGUUUUCUUGAUGGCAUAUUUCUUGUUGGCAAUUAUUAUAACGUGUUGUAAGGGCUCUACUGU